AUGACCUCUCAGUCAGAGCGUGACGCUCAGUUCAACGCCCUCAUCGAUGUCCUGCACAGUGUCAAAAGCGACAUAUUCGACCCCUUCACCAUCACUCGAACAUACUACGAGUCUGCCGGAAUUCAGAUCGGCGUCGAUAUUCUGAUUCCUCGUCGCCUCAAAAGUCAGAACCCGCCAGUCAUCGUCAGAAUCCACGGCGGCUUUCUGAUCACCGGCUCAAGUUUGUUUCCGGCUUGGUUCUCCAAAUGGGUUCUCGACUUUGCAGAAGAGCAAGAUGCCGUCAUCAUUAGUCCCAACUACAGACUUCUUCCUGAGGUCAAGGGUCGGGAUAUUAUUCAUGACAUGGGCAACUUCUGGAAUUGGGUGCACUGCGGAGGCCCUUCGCGUCAUCUCGCAGCAAUUGGGCAACAAAAGCUUCAAUUAGACCUCAUCAGAACGCUUGUCGUUGGCGAAAGUGCUGGCGGAUAUCUGGCUUUACAGUCUGUGCUGUCAGGCUUUGUGAGACCCAAGGCGAUUAUAGCUCUUUAUCCAAUGGUCGACAUGAAAGCGGCUCACUUCACCGAGUCCUACGCCAAAUCAAUUGUUGGUAUACCAAACUAUCCUAACGAAGAUGUCAACAAGUUCCUUUCGGCCACCGUUGUCAAGCCUGGAAUCACCGAGGCAGAUCCACCCGUGAGACUUGAUUCGGCAAUGGCAGUUGUGCACAAUGGGCGGUAUCUGGAACUUCUCGGUGAGGACUCUGACUUGUUCAUCCUUGAGCGAAUCAAGAGGAUGGCCUUGAGUCCUUCGAAUUAUGAAAAGUCUUUGUUUCCGCCAUUGUUUCUACUUCACGGCGAGGGGGAUACAGCAGUGCCUGUUGAUGGCACCCGGAAGCUAGUUGAUUGCCUGCAGCGGUUGGACCAAAGUACUCAGAUCCAUCUGGCGGUCCGGCCUGGGGACCAUGGUUUUGACUUUAAAGCUACCAUUGAUGAGCCUUGGUUGAGGGAGGGUUUGAAUUUUAUUGUGAGUCCAUGGCUAGAUAGUAAAAGUCUCAUAUAG